AUGGGAUAUGGCGUGCCUAAGGAAAAAGUGUGCGACGACACAGAAAUUGAGUUAGAGGUAGAAGCUAAAGGGCAGUGGCCGCUGAUAAGGAGCCCCAGUUCCUCAGAUAUAAUACCUCCUCUGCUACCCAGCAGUCCACUGCUUGAUGUCUCGAUGACUCCGUCAAACAAUUUGCAGUUCAAUAGCAAUGAAAGCGCUCGAUGGUUGAGCCAAGUCGAAAUGUGCACUCACUCUGGACCGCAUCGUCGUCUCUGGAUGGGACCUCAAUUUGUUUUCAAAACUUACAACGCACCCAGCGGAGUGGCUGCUAAUCUCGUAGAGGCUGAAACCGUUGAGGUUGGCACGACUGGCGGCUCACGACCUGCUAGAUCGAAUCCUGUUAACAUGCCUCGAGCUGGUAGCAGACCAUUAGUACCGUUAGUCAUCGAUGGCUCGGGAAGUAGUUAUGAGCAGUCACCACGAGUCGUUGAAACCUAUGGAGAUGCGCUAGAUCACGAAAAUAUCGACAUACUUGGAGGUGGUGAGAAUCAGUUACGAGAGGACCUUGCUGAAGCCAUGCUCGAAACAUCCUCGGUACCACAUCCAGUGUCAGGUGGCAACCAGUCACUAGCUAGCUGCGAGGACUUGAGUUCCAGCAGCUUCAGCUCAGCUAGUCGGGCAUCUCUGGACGCGAGAAGCUCACCCACGGCUUCUUACAGUGCCGAGCACAUGAUGGUCUUUCCCGGGGACAGCAGUGGCUCCAUAUGAGCCUCGGCCAACCUCGUCGGCUGGAUGCGCGUGCCUCUCUCCUACUAUUUCAGAAAAUGAGGAGAGCGUCGUCACGUUUUUUGGCCUCGCGUCUCCCAAGCCAUUCUACAUUAUAGUCCCAUCUUAGGCUCUGACAACGCGAGGCAGACUUCAAUUUUCAGAGCAUUGUUUUCUCAUAUGCUCGUUCAGUCAUCAUUUUUCUACUCCCCCUCGCCCAUUUAUUUCGUUUAAAUUGAAGAUUUUGCAAUUGACGCGGAAUUGUGAAAGUUAAGUGAUCUUUAUACAAUACACUUUCAGAAGAAAAAUGACAAAAAGAAUCACAUCACCAAGAGAAUAUAUUUUAAUCAAGUUAUACGUAUAUUAUAUACAUAUGAUUUUCUAAAAUCGGAAACUUAUAUUUAGUCUCACCAAGACACUAAAAUCUGAAAUAUUUAUGUUUACUGUUUAAUUUAUAAAUUGGGAUAUGUUUGGAUUGUUGUUUUAUCGUAACGUAAGUAGUACGUGUGAGAAUCAGUAGCAUUGCUAAUAAGAAUGAUUCACUGAAAACAUUGGUAAAGCAAAGAGGCGUCUUGCUUUCAAAAUCUUAGGGCCCCGCCAUAUAAUGUCUCACAAAGAAAUAUUAAAAUACGCUCGAGUUUGGAGUGUAGAAAAAAAAAGUACUGAUUCGAACAGCUUCGGAAGCGUAUGGCACUUUUGUAAAUGUAAUGGUACUAAAUACAUUCCACACAAAUGCUCAAUUAUUAUUACUACUUUUACACGUAUCUCAGAUGAAAAAUUUGAUAAAAACCUCGAGAAAAAACACUUCUUAUAGUAAUUGAUGAAUUCCACACGCAUUCCUUAAACAAACAUUUUUAAUUGUUUCCAUGAGUGAUUUGAACAUUCGGGUACCCCGUAUUAACACAGUAUAAAAUAUUUGUAGUUAGUAUUUGCAAUCACACGUGACAAUCCCCCAAUAAUUAUUACAUAUUUCCAAGUCAUACGUUACAUGUAACUUUCAAUCAGUCAAACCUUUAAGAGUUAAGUCGAUGAAAUAAGAACGAGAUGUUUACUUUCGUGCCAUUUUUGGUCCCUGGCUGAUCAUUUUCUAAAGUCUCUGCCUUCCA